AUGGAAUCACACGUCAAAUACCUUGAUGAGCUCAUAAUGGCCAUAAAGGACCUGAAUUCGGGGAUGGGGCCGCAGGUGCAGAUCAAAAAAGUGCCCGUAGACCCGCCUUCUUCCCAGGAGUACGCCAAGAGCUUGAAGAUCCUGAACACCCUUGUAAGGAAUCUGAAGGACCAGAGAAGGAACAAUAUUAUGAAGAACGAUACAAUCUUUGCGAAAUCCGUUUCCGCUCUCGCCCUGCUACUGGAGUACAAUCCCUUCCUACUUGUCAUCAAGGAUUCUAACGGGAGUCUUGAGAUACAAAAACUGAUAGACGACUUCCUAGGCAUAUCCGUUCUGAACUAUGACACACACCAUAGGAUAUGGUUCAUGAGAAGAAAGCUGGGCAACUGGUGUAAGGCUUGUGUUCAGUUUUACGGGAAACCCGUUAAAUUACAACUUUCCACACAUUUGGAAAACAUCAUAAACCGUUACGAGCAAUCUUUGACAGAAAUUCUGCAGGGGAACACAGAGCUCGCCAAGUUUUAUGACACGUUGAAAAACUUAUACAUUCUCUUGUACUGGUUCACGUCUGACCAUAGUACAUUUGGGAACUCAAUAACAUUCUUGGAUUCUUCUUUAGGGUUCACCAAAUUUGACUUGAACUUUCAACGGUUGAUAAGGAUUGUUCUUUACGUAUUCGAUUCCUGCCAGCUAUCAACUUUAGAAUACGCUGAACUCCAACUCAAAUACGUGUCCUUAAUCGUGGAAUAUGUGUGUAACAGGACAAUAGCCACCGGCUUGGAUACACCAUCGUUAAUCAGCAGUGAGCAAUUAAAAUUUGCACUGACCACAAUCUACCGCUUUUUGGAUAACAAAUGUGGCCUGCUGGAUAAUGAUCCCACAAUGGCAAAGGCGAUUCUUCGACUUUACUCCCUUUGCAUUUCAAAUGGUUUUUCAAAAUGUUUCAUAGACCACUUCCCCAUUGAACAAUGGGCAGACUUUUCACAAACGCAAGUCUUCCCGUUUACCCAAUUGACUAACAAGGCCCUUUCAAUCGUUUAUUUCGACCUCAAAAGAAGAUCCCUUCCCGCGGAAUCUCUGCAGUAUGACGAUAAGUAUAAGACUUGGAUUUACCAAUUGAAGCAGGACUCGAAUUUGAAAAAUGUUACCUCCUCAUUUGACGAUCGAUAUAAGCAACUAGAAAAACUAAGACUACUAGUGAUAAAAAAAUUCAAGAAUAAACGAAGAGAAACUUUGCUUGAGUAUCGUGUUAAUCAAUUAAGUCCUGGAUUUUUUCAAAGAACUAAAAAUGACUUCAAGUUGGUCCUAAACGAAAUGUCAGUAUCCAUUCAAACUUGCUUCAAGACAAAUAAUGUAACAAAACUAACGGCAUGGACUGUAGUCCUCGGAAGAUUAGCGUGCCUUGAAUCACAAAAGUCAAUGUCCAACCAUUCAAAUUAUUCAAGGAAUUUGGAUAACUGGGACGUUUGUCAUUUAUGCGAUGUUGAAAAAACCGGAAACCCAUUUGAACGAAUAAAUCCAGAUCGACCAGAAGCCGCAAACAAAUCAGAAGUUUUUAAAAUACUUUACUCAAACUUUCUAAAUCAUGCAAACGUGGACGAAUUUAGUGAAUCCUUGCUGAGCGGCAUCUUAUUUUCUUUACAAAGAACUUUCACCCAUUUUCAACCACCAAAACUUGUGGAUGGGGAUGAUCGAAUGAACAAGACUUUCGAGCUAGUACAAAAAUGUUUCAUGAAUACGAAUAGAUACUUACGUUUAUUGAGUACCAGAAUUGUGCCUUUACUCAACAUAUCAGACUCCCAUAAUUCUGAAGAUGAACACACAGCUACGCUCAUCAAGUUUCUGCAAUCCCAAAAAUUACCAAUCGUGAGAGAAACUUUAGUGAUGGCUUGGACACAAUUGACAUUGACAACUUCAAAUGACGUGUUUGAUACUCUACUUUUGAAACUGAUUGAUAUUUUCAAUUCUGAUGAUUAUAGUCUUCGAAUAAUGAUGACUUUCCAAAUUAAAAAUAUGGCCAGAAUUUUGAAAAAAACACCCUAUCAACUAUUAUCGCCGAUUUUACCUGUACUACUAAGACAGCUGGGGAAAAAUCUUGUGGAAAGAAAGGUUGGAUUUCAGAAUCUAAUCGAAUUGUUAGGUUACUCUUCAAAAACAAUUCUAGAUAUUUUCCAGAGAUAUAUCAUCCCCUAUGCUAUUAUUCAGUACAAGAGUGACGUACUGAGUGAAAUUGCCAGAAUUAUGUGUGAUGGGGAUGCAGGUUUAAUUAACCAGUUGAAAGUUACUCUAUUGAAAAAAAAUAGUAGGCAAAUUUUCGCAGUGGCUUUGGUGAAACAUGGACUUUUUUCUCUAGAUAUUUUAGAAACUCUCUUUUUGAAUAGAGCGCCCACCUUUGACAAAGGAUAUAUCACGGCAUACCUUCCCGAUUAUAAGACAUUAGCCGAAAUAACAAAACUCUACAAAAAUAAUGUUACUAAAGACGCCAGUGAUAAAGAAAACGCAAAUAUGAUUUUAUGCUCUUUGCGGUUUUUAAUUACCAAUUUUGAAAAGGAUAAACGGCAUGGCUCAAAAUACAAAAACGUGAAUAACUGGACAGACGACCAGGAACAAACGUUUCAAAAGAAAUUACAGGACAACAUUUUAGGUAUUUUCCAGGUAUUUUCUAGCGAUAUACACGAUGUUGAAGGUCGCACUACUUAUUAUGAAAAAUUAAGAGUAAUCAAUGGUAUAUCAUUCUUAAUCAUAUACGCACCAAAAAAAUCCAUAAUUUCCGCAUUAGCUCAAAUCAGUAUCUGUUUACAAACAGGACUUAGACUUAAAGAAGUUCAAUACGAGGCCUUUAGAUGCUGGCAUUUGUUGGUUCGCCAUUUAAAUGACGAGGAGCUAUCUACCGUUAUAGACAGCUUAAUAGCAUUUAUACUUCAAAAAUGGUCCGAAUUUAACGGAAAGCUUCGAAACAUAGUAUACAGUAUACUGGAUACUUUAAUCAAGGAAAAAUCAAGUUUGAUUUUGAAAUUAAAACCCUACACUACUUUAGCCUUAGUAGGCAAGCCCGAAUUAGGUAUUUUAGCCCGUGACGGUCAAUUCGCAAGAAUGGUAAAUAAAAUUAGAAGCACUACAGAUCUUAUCUCUAUAUUUGCUAAUAAUCUAAAGAGUAGUAACAAGUAUGUCAUAAAUCAGAAUUUGGAUGACAUAGAGGUGUACUUGAAAAGGAAGCAAACAGAGAGAUCCAUUGAUUUUUCAUCCAAAAAAGGUGGACAAACGUCCGAUAUAACAUUGGUACUGGGUGCUUUAUUGGAUACAUCUCAUAAGUUUAGAAACUUAGACAAAAAACUUUGUGAGAAGUGCGCGAAGUGCAUCAGUAUGAUUGGUGUAUUGGACGUCACAAAGCAUGAAUUCAAAAGAACUUCUUAUUCAGAAAAUGAAGUUUACGAUCUUAAUGAUAAUGUCCAAACCAUCAAGUUUUUAAUAUGGGUAAUCAACGAUAUUUUAGUUCCUGCAUUUUGGCAAAGUGAGAAUCCUAGCAAGCAGUUAUUUGUUGCCCUUGUUAUUCAAGAAUCAUUGAAGUACUGUGGUUUAAGUUCAGAAUCCUGGGAUAUCAAUCGCAAAGACUUAUACCCAAAUGAAGCUAAACUAUGGGAAAAGUUCAAUUCCAUCUCAAAGACAACUAUUUAUCCGCUUUUAUCUUCAUUGUAUCUCGCACAGUCUUGGAAAGAAUAUGUACCACUGAACUACCCCUCCAAUAACUUUAAGGAAGGAUAUAAAAUAUGGGUGAAAAGGUUUACGCUAGAUUUAUUGAAGACAGGUACAACUGAAAACCACCCCCUGCAUGUAUUUUCUUCUUUGAUUAGAGAGGAUGAUGGCUCACUUUCAAAUUUUUUGCUUCCCUAUAUUUCUCUGGACAUUAUCAUCAAAGCAGAAAACGAUACACCAUAUGCAAACAUUCUAAAUGGAAUAAUUACAGAAUUUGACAGCAUAUUCUCCUGUAAUUUGGAAGGCAUGAACAAUCUGCAGGUUGAUUCUUUAAAAAUGUGCUAUGAAUCAAUUUUCAGGGUUUUCGAAUAUUGCAAAAAAUGGGUAACUCAGUUUAAACAAAAUUAUAGUAGAUUACAAGGUACUUUUAUCAUAAAGGACACAAAAACCGUUAACAUGCUUUCAAGAAUAGAAAGAUUCCUGGAAACCACUCCCUCGGUUUUACUAGCCCAGCGUUCUUUAGAGACGGAUUCAUUCGAAAGAUCCGCUUUAUACCUCGAACAAUGUUACCGACAGAAUCCUCAUGAUAAGAAUCAAAACGGGCAAUUACUGAUAAGUUUGCAAGUUACGUACGAAGAAAUCGGAGACAUUGAUUCUCUUGAUGGUGUGUUAAGAACUUUUGCUACCGGAAACUUAGUUUCCAAAAUUGAAGAGUUACAGUAUUCGGAAAAUUGGAAACUUGCGCAAGAUUGCUUCAAUGUGCUUGGAAAAUUUUCAGAUGAACCCAAAACUACUACUAGGAUGUUAAAGUCCAUGUAUGAUCAUCAAUUGUAUUCUCAAAUAAUAUCAAGUUUUUCUUUACAUUCAUCAGAUGGUAAGAUCCCAUUAGCUUCAGAUGUAAAAGAAUGGUACAGUAUAGGUCUUGAAGCCGCAAAUUUAGAAGGUAAUAUUCAAACUUUAACGAAUUGGGUAGAGCAAAUAGAAAGCUUAAAAAAGGUUGAUGAUAGAGAUGUGCUUUUACAAUAUAAUAUUGCCAAAGCUUUGAUCACUAUUUCAAAUGGUGAGCCAUUGAAGACUCAAAAAUAUAUCCACAAUUCCUUUAGACUUGUUGGAACUAAUUUUAUAACCGCAUCCAAGGAAACGACUCUGUUGAAGAAACAAAAUUUAUUAAUGAAAUUACACAGCUUAUAUGAUCUCAGUUUGUUAUCUUCUGCUAAAGACAAGUUUGAAUACAAGACUAACACCACUAUACUUGAUUAUCGAAUGGAACGUAUCGGAGCUGAUUUUGUGCCCAAUCAUUACAUACUUUCAAUGAGAAAAUCAUUUGACCAAUUAAGAAUGAAUGAAGAGGCAAAUACGGAUUUGGGCAGAACAUUUUUCACCUUGGCUCAAUUAGCGAGAAAUAACUCUAGGUUAGACAUCGCAUCUGAGUCAUUGAUGUAUUGUUUGGAAAAGAAGUUACCUCAGUCGGAGUUGGAGUUUGCUGAAAUAUUAUGGAAGCAAGGUGAGAAUGAUAGAGCUUUAAAAAUAGUACAAGAAAUACACGAAAAGUAUCAAGAAGAUUCAUCGGUUAAUUCCCGUAAUCGCGCCACUGUACUUUUGAAGUUUACUGAAUGGCUAGAUCUUUCGAACAAUUCUGCAUCAGAGCAAAUUAUAAAACAAUAUCAGGAUAUAUUCCAGAUCGAUUCAAAAUGGGACAAACCCUAUUACUCUAUUGGCUUAUACUAUAGCAGGUUACUUGAGCGUAAAAAAGCAGAAGGCUACAUCACUAACGGCCGCUUCGAAUAUAGGGCAAUAUCUUACUUUUUAUUGGCAUUCGAAAAAAACACAGUUAAAGUAAGAGAGAAUUUGCCGAAGGUGGUCACGUUCUGGCUAGACACUGCUGCUGCAUCAAUUUCAGAAACUCCAGGAAACAGAAAGGAACUGUUAAGUAAAGCAACGGAGGAUAUAUGUAGCCAUGUUGAAGAAGCAUUGCAGAAUUGCCCCACAUACAUAUGGUAUUUUGUUUUGACUCAAUUACUGUCUAGAUUACUACAUUCUCAUCAAUCAUCUGCUCAAAUAAUAAUGCAUAUCCUUUUAAGUUUAGCCGUUGAAUAUCCAUCCCAUAUUUUGUGGUAUAUUUCUGCCCUUGUGAAUUCCAAUUCUUCAAAGCGAGUUCUUCGUGGUAAGCAUAUUUUGGAAAAGUAUAGGCAACAUUCGCAAAACCCUCAGGAUUUGGUGUCUUCUGCAUUAGAUUUAACAAAAGCAUUAACUCGCGUUUGCUUACAGGACGUCAAAACCGUUACAAGUAGAGCAGGAAAGUCUUUAGAAAAAGAUUUCAAAUUCGAUAUGAGUUUGGCUCCAUCUACAAUGGCUGUUCCAGUAAGACAGAACUUAGAUAUAAUCUCACCUCUUGAAUCCGAUUCAAUGAGAGGUUACCAACCGUUCAGAUCAGUUGUCACUAUAAUUAGGUUCGGAUCAUCUUAUAAAGUGUUUUCCUCGUUAAAGAAACCUAAACAAUUGAAUAUCAUAGGGUCCGAUGGUAACAUUUAUGGAAUCAUGUGCAAAAAAGAAGAUGUUAGACAAGAUAACCAAUAUAUGCAAUUUGCAACAACAAUGGAUUUCCUUUUGAGCAAGGACAUAGCUUCAAGGAAAAGAAAUCUUGGUAUAAACAUAUAUUCUGUAUUAUCUCUUCGAGAAGAUUGUGGGAUAUUAGAAAUGGUGCCUAACGUUGUUACUUUGAGAUCAAUCCUUUCUACAAAAUAUGAAAGUUUGAAAAUCAAGUACAGUUUGAAAAGUUUGCAUGAUAGAUGGCAACACACUGCGGCCGAUGAGAAAUUGAACUUUUAUACGGAGCAAGUAGGAAAGUUUCCACCAAUACUUUACCAAUGGUUCCUUGAAAACUUCCCUGACCCAAUCAAUUGGUUUAACGCUAGAAAUACCUACGCCAGGUCAUACGCCGUUAUGGCAAUGGUAGGACACAUAUUAGGGUUAGGUGACAGGCAUUGCGAAAACAUAUUGUUAGACAUACAAACCGGUAAAGUUCUUCAUGUUGAUUUUGACUGUCUAUUCGAAAAGGGGAAGAGAUUACCUGUUCCGGAAAUUGUCCCAUUUAGAUUGACACCGAAUCUACUGGAUGCAUUAGGGAUUAUUGGAACAGAAGGAACAUUCAAGAAAUCUAGCGAAGUCACUUUGGCCUUAAUGAGAAAAAACGAAGUUGCACUAAUGAAUGUGAUAGAAACAAUUAUGUACGACAGAAACAUGGACCACUCGAUACAAAAUGCACUAAAAGUUUUAAGAAACAAGAUUCGUGGCAUAGAUCCACAGGACGGGUUGGUUUUGAGUGUUGCUGGCCAAACCGAAACAUUGAUUCAAGAGGCAACUUCGGAAGAGAAUCUAAGCAAGAUGUAUAUUGGUUGGCUUCCGUUUUGGUAG